CUCAUAUUUCUUAUACGUAUGCACUCUCACCACGUCCUCGAUCACUUUUCUUUGGAAGAAGCAAAGAAGCAGCACAUCCUGCAGAUCACUUUUCAUGUAUUCUAUGAGGAUGUUCCUACUGUUCUGCGUCCUCUGCCUGAUGUCUUCUACUGGCUACAGUCAGCUUCCAGGACCUCCUGGUCCUAAAGGUGACCCAGGACAUGUUGGGCCACCUGGGCCAGCUGGGCAACCUGGGCCAGCUGGGCCACCUGGGCCACGUGGGUUUCCUGGAGCGUGGGGACCAGUUGGCUCUGCUAUAUUCUGUGGACGAGGUGUCUCUGGUCAGGAACUUGAGACCUUAAAGAACAGCCUCGCUAAGUUAGAGCUGGUCGUGAACUAUGACUUUGUCCGAAGAGUUGGCCAGAAAUACUUUGUGUCCUACAAGAAGAGGGACUCUUUCUCCAGGGCCGUUGAGUUCUGCUCCCAACGAGGCCUAGAGCUGGCUUUGCCCCAGAACGAGGAGGAGAACAACGUACUUACUCAGGUGUUUGGGGAUGAUAACAAAACAGCCUGGAUCAACGUCAACACUAACAAAGCUGAGGGGAAUUUUGAAGCUGAUAUGAAAAACCAACCUAUGACCUUUACGAAAUGGGGAGAAGGGCAGCCAGACAAAUCCAUCCAGGAUACAGGCUGCACCACGCUGUCAGAAAACGCCUUCUGGAGAGUGACACACGACUGUUCUCUGAAUGCUUUCAUCAUUUGUCAGAUGUAGAAAGUUGUUGUUGCCUUGCAAGUCAUGUUUUAAAUGUUGCUUUAAAAUGUA